UCCUCACUGUGGAGGACUGAUUCAUCGCACCCAAUUCGAGGAAUAGAAAUCAUCAGUCUACUUGUGGGAUAUAUGCUCCCUCGUACUUUGAUGGAUGUCGUGAAAGUGUGGAUUUUCGAGUGACGCCAGCCUCAUGGGGAACGACGGCGAAUGCUGAUUAUGACGGAGGGCGUUCGACGCGGAGAAGUUGAGUGAGAUGGAAACGCGGGAAGGAACUCCGUCAAGUCUUCGCGCCGGAGCAUCGAUCGGUGCGACUCAUGCAGCGAGCGCGAGUUCCCGGACGGGGCCAAGUUCGGCUUCGGAAGAUGAAAGGAAACAGCACAAAUCCGCCGAGCCCAAGUCGGAGGGCUGCUCUGGACGUGCGAUUGAGAACUCCGGUCCGCCUUCCGGAAAUCAAUCUAACGCGACGUCAGCUGCAGUCACGAACGCAUUCAAGAACGACGGCUCUUUCCUGGAACAGUUCAGGAAAAUGCAGAAGCUCAAUUUCAAACUAAACAAUCAGCAACUCGCUCGAACAGAAGCUCAGCAACGACUUGUCGAGGAAUCCACAGGAGAUGUUGUUGCUACAGAUGAUGGAGUUCCUAAAGACCGACAACGCGCCAUCGAGCGUCUUGCGAUAGCCGUCGUAGUGAACGGAAAGAACGCCGAAACAGUCGCAGCCGGCGGGAACGAGAUGUCUUUCCUCGCCACCCGAUCGGGUGCGGAAUACGACUUCUAUCAAGAGAGAGUGUCAGCGCUCUCUGCUGCUAAAGAACGCGCCGAGCAGAGCGGAGCUCUACCAAUGGCGCGUGGCGAAGUCGAUCGGGAAAUCAAACGGAAGAAGAGAAAGUCUCGUUGGGGGGACUGGUCCGAUGAACAGACGCGCGAUCCCUCUUUGCUCGCCUACGCUCAACAGGUAUAUGGAUCGACGAAACUCUCUGACGAGCAAUGGAAGCAGCUGGAAGACCAGCGCAAGAUGCGAGCAAUUUUCGAAUUGAUGCAAGCAAAGAAAGCCCAGCAGCAAGCGCUGGACGAGGCGGGUCGAGUGAAGUACGAAUAUGACUCCGAUGAAGAGGUCGAAGGAGGCACAUGGGAGCACAAGCGCAGAGCUCUAGAGAUGGAGAAGACGAAGCGGGUGGCCGACACACUCACACACAACGCCUAUGGAAAGCAUCACCUGGGAGAUUUCCUCCCAUCUGAGGAGCUUGACAAGUUCAUGGAACGGUACGAUCGUCUCCGCAACGGCCAGUCGGUCGAUUUCAAUGCCUACGAGGAAAAUAAGCUGAAAGAAGAUAACGUAGGCUUCAAGAUGCUGCAAAAAAUGGGUUGGAGCGAGGGACAGGGUCUCGGAGCUGGGGGUUCCGGAAUCAAAGUUCCUGUCGCCAAUCAGGGUAAUCAAGAGCAGCGGGGUUUAGGCGCUCAGAAAGUCGGCGAUCUCAGUUCCGAAGACGAUGAGUACGAAGCGUAUCGUAAACGAAUGAUGUUGGCGUACAGGUUCAGACCAAAUCCCCUCAACAACCCCAGACGGUCGUAUUACUGACAGCUUUCCUUGUACCAUGAGAAAAUGAGAUAAAGUCCACAGAUUAACCGUUCCGAGAAA